AUGGUUCUCACCCCAGCUAACCGCCUGUACAUCCGCCGCAUCCUCCGCCUGCGUGUUACCCGGGUAGCAGUAUGCCUGUUCCUACUCUUCAACUUUAUCGACGUGCUCCGUAUCCAUCACAACCUCAGUCACGGCGAUGUGCAACGUCGAUCCAACCCCCCUGGCCCUGGGCCGUCGCGGCCGCACGAGCGAAUCUAUAUUGCCAGCAUGCACUUCAACAAUGGCGCCAUCCUGAAGAGCCAUUGGAACGACGCCGUCAUUGGGUUGACAGAGACAUUUGGUCCCAAGAAUGUGUUUGUCAGUAUAUUCGAAAGCGGCAGCUGGGACGACAGCAAGGAGGUUCUGCGGGAGCUGGAUCGCGAUCUAGAAAGAAGAGGUGUCCCGCACCGCGUGGAGGUGUCUGAUGUGACCCAUCAGGACGAGUUGGACAGUGCGGACAAGGGCGACGGUUGGAUUGAUACGCCGAGAAAGAAGAAGGAAUUGCGCCGCAUCCCGUACCUGUCAAGAUUGAGGAAUAAGACAAUCAAGGAUCUGCUGCAUCUUCAUAAGCAGGGUGUUGAGUUUGACAAGGUGCUGUUUCUCAACGACGUGGUAUUCACGGUGGAAGAUGUACUGACAUUGAUGGACACGAAUGGAGUCGUUAUGCCCGCCGAGCCAUUCGUCUCCUCAACCAAGCUCCGCUUCCGUGGCGUCCCCGACUCCCUAGCGAAUUACCACCUAGAAGGCUCCGAAUGUUGCCUCAUACACGCCGACAAUCCUCUCUCCAGAACACUCGGCGUCUAUCUCAACCCCAAAGUUAAAACGCUGGACAUCAAUUACAUUGGAAGGGGUGGUUGUACGAUCAAGGGUUAG